AAUUAUUUGAAGCCCAACCCAAAUAUACGAGUAAUUUCCCUUUCCAAUAUGGUCCCAUUCCAACGAGUUAAAUCAUAUUGCUCUAUCCCAAAAUUUCAACCGAAAAAACCGACUAUCUUCUUCCUAUGAUCUUUAGCGGCAAUUGAGGAAUAUCCGAAAUCAAACCCAUGAAUCCAACUGUCUGUCUUCUUCUUGGAUUAUCUGAAAAGUACAUGUGCUUGUACUUGCUUUGGUGAUAUAGGUUUAUUAUUCACUUUGCGAGUGAUAGCCCCAUAAUGCACACCAGGUUUUUCUUCAUAGUUUGAAACUUUGAAGUUAGCGUUAGAAGAUUUAUGUUUGAUUAGGAGGUUUUGACUGAAAAGGGAGAAACGGAUAUUAUUACCUGCUUAGUUCUGUUACAGUAAUAGUAUGCGGUGUCCAUAAUUAUUGGUCACUGGAGAAGCAGCGGUGUUCAAUUUUCUAAACAUUGUAUAAGCCAUACGGCCUGCAAAAGGUGCCUAUGUACCUCAGAGGAUUCUUCUAUACAAGACACUUGUAUAGCUGCCUAGCCCUGCCAACUCGUUUCUUCACCAGUAAUUCAUACAUUAAUAAAGUUUCCCUUUACCUUAAGCGAGCAAGGCUCAUAGAUUCAAUUCGACUUUGUAUACGGUCCAACUCUCAAAGGUCACUCAUCCCUCUUUUAAAUGAUCCCACCCUAGACUCCUUUGUAGUCACCAAUGCACUCCGAUCUGCUCCCUCCCAUGAGUCUGCUCUCUCCCUUGUUGAUACACUGAAAACUGUUCCACAUUUCUCGCAUAAUCAAAAUACCCUUUACACUCUGGCCAAAAUCCUAGCCAAGUCUAAACAAACUGCCAAACUCAAAGCCCUAAUUAAUGGAAUCAACUCUGGCAAGUUCACAAAUGUUGCACGCACUAGCUUUAUGGACCGGAUGCGCUGGUAUGCUACUGCUGGAGACUUUGACGCGGUUCUUCAGGCAUGGGAUGAGUGGAGAGCCUUGCAGAGGCGUCCAUGUACCGAGUCUUAUAACAUUGUUAUGAUGAUCUAUGCACAAAUGGGAAAGAAUUCGGAAGCUGUAAAUAUUUUUUAUAGGAUGAUUGAUGAAGGGGCGCUUCCUAAUUCUAGAACAUACACAAUUAUGAUUGAGCACCUUGUGAAUUUGGGAAAAUUGGAUUCAGCAUUGGAGGUUUUUGGUACACUGCCCUUGAUGAGGAUCAAGCGCACUCUUAGACAGUUUUCGCUUUUGGUGGAAGCAUUAACUGCUACUGAGCGGUUUGAUGUGGUUAAGACUUUACUUAAUGAAAUGCAGAUUGAUGGAAUAUUACCUGGCCGAGCUAUGCGAUCGGCGUUGCAACACAUGCAGGAGGCAGGGUUUGUUGAGGAGACUGAUGAAGUUAUCAAAGAAAUGUUACCAGAUGAAAGGAUUAAGAAUGUAGGCCUUUCUAUGGAUGAUGAUGAUGAGGAUGAUGAUGAAGGUACUGACCACGCUGUAGAUGAUGUUUAUGUGGAUGCUGUUCAGUUAAAACCGUGGUUGGAUCCUGCUGCUUUGGUUAGUGCGUUGCAGGAUUGGAGGCCUGAAGAGGUGUCAGCACUGGAGGAUGCAAAAUUUGUAUGGACAACUCGGUUGGUCUGCAAGAUGAUAAGGAAUUUCAAUUCAGCUGAAACAGUGUGGCAGUUUUUCUGUUGGGUUGCUUAUCAGCCAGGUUUCACUCAUGAUGUUUACACAGUAUCAAGAACGAUUGCCAAGUUAGCACGCCAUGGGCGUGUUGAUCUAGUCAAUAAACUAAUGUCUAAGAUUAAAAGCGAGGGGAUUAGAUUGUCGUGCAGCACAAUCAGAUUGAUUAUUGACUUCUAUGGUCUUUCCAGCAAUGGUGACACCGCUCUAAAGGUCUUCCGUGAUGUCAAAUCACUCUGCGGUCCCAUAUCAAAAAAUAGUCUGUUUCUUUUAUAUUCAUCUCUCUUACGAACACUAGCCAAGUGUAAGAUGAAUUCGGAGGCCUUGGAUGUACUUGACGAGAUGAUUUUGUGUGGGAUUCUUCCAGAUAUCCAAACAUUUUCAGGAUUGAUGCAUAACUUUGCAAUUCAGGGAGAUAUUAAAAUGGUUCAGAGACUCUUUGGGAUGGUUAGGCAGACUGGUGUGGAACCUGAUGCUUAUAUGUUUAAGAUUCUUAUUCAUGCAUACUGCAAGUGUGAUAGAGCCGUUUUAGCAUUGAGAGUUUUCGAAGAUAUGGCGAACUCCAAUUUGAUGGUUGAUGCUUCCACAAAACAAUUACUUGUGAAGAGUCUUUGGAAGGCAGGCAGGCUAAGAGAGGCGGCUAUUGUGGAAGAGAGAACUGAGGAUAUAAAUGACGGUCUUCCACUUGCAGUGCCUGGUCACGUGUACACUGUAAGUUCUUCUGAUCUCACUAGAGUUUAUAACAUUUAUUCCAGUAGCUUUACCACCACAGAAAGUGAAUAAAUUUUGGUAGUACCAUGGUGUUACUAUAGUGGUGAUAACUUACGCUUAUGUCUCUUGUAACAUGAGUAUGUUAUGUAUUGUUUUAUCUUGGUUCUUUGAUUAUGUUGAGUGGAACUGAAUAUAAUCAUUCAAGUUUGUUAGUUUUGGCAAGCAAUCAAAUUUAGUUAUUUGUUUUUUAUU